AUGAACGCCAACUUCACUAAUGGUGCGUCAGGAGCGCAAGUGAAUUUUCUGCCAAUCAGCUCCGGAGCCAGAAAUCACGCGACAUCUGUGGGCAGCGAAUUGAGAUGGUGGCAUCGCUUCACGCUCGGCCAAUUCAGCAGGGUCAUCUUCAAGGGUUUCCGAACGCAAAUAUCGCAAGUAGACCUGUUCCCCCUCGAGGACGGCCUCAAAUCCCAUCAUUGUCUGGAGACAUUUGAGAGGAAAUGGCUGAAAGAGCAGAAGAUCCGAGCGCGGAAGCGGGGUUUCGAGGCUGUGCCGACCGAGGAUCUAUUCCCGAAAACUCCCUAUGCGCCGACCACUACGACUACGUCGAAAAACACGAUAUGGGCUGCGCUGUUUAGAUCAUUCUGGCCUGUCAUCUUACGAGGCUUCUGUUAUGAGUUUUUCAUCAUCAUGGGGAAAUUGAUGACUCCGCUCAUGCUCGGGGCUCUGAUCGACGAAGUCUCAUCCGCACGACCUUUCGAAAUCGGAUUUGGGUACUGCCUGGCCUUAUUCAUCGCGAGUCUCUCUACGUGGGUUGCUCUUGAACACCUCUUGUUCUCGAAUUGUAUGGGUGGUCUGCAGGCGCGGGCAGCGCUCAUGUCCGCUGUAUACCAAAAGUCGCUAUUGAUCUCAAUGGAUUCUCAACGGGCCUAUCCCGUCGGCGAACUCAUGAAUAUGAUGUCUCUUGACGUGGAGAACGUGUUCCGUUUCGUCGGGGAAUGGCAUCUUCUGUGGGCGUGGAUGGUCAGACUCGCGGGAACAUUGGCGCUGCUCUGGAUGCAGCUGGGAGUAUCGAGCUUGGCCGGAGUUGCAGUCAUGCUCGCCCAAAUGCCUCUGUCAGCGAUAAUCGGUCACAAGAACUCCAAUGUUCAGAACAAACAAAUGAAAGAGAAAGGGCGCAGGAUAUCCAUCCUGACGGAAAUCCUCAGCGGCAUAAGGUUCAUUAAACUCUACGCAUGGGAGAAAGCAUUCGCUAAGAAAGUCGAAGAUGUGCGGCAGCAAGAGGUUGGUUACAUCAAGAAGUUCCUUCUCUACCAAGCUGCUCUUUCACUCAUCUGGUCGAGCGUCCCCCUGUUGAUCUCGUUGGCGUCCUUCGGUUGCUUCGUCUUACUCGAUGACGAGAACGUUCUGACUCCGAAACGAGUUUUCGUGUCAAUGACAUUAUUCAAUUCGAUGAGUUUCACUUUGACAUUCGUCCCGACGAUGAUCGCCACAUUCACCAGAUGCAAGGUUUCGCUCCGACGGAUCCAGAACUUCCUGCAAGCGGACGAGCUCGACCUCGAUGACGUGACUCAUGCGGUCGGAGAAGGGGAAGUCGUCGUCUUUGAGAAAGCAUCUUUCGCUUGGGAAUCGUCGAUUGUUUUAGACAAGCUCGACCUCAAGGUUCGAAAAGGAGAAUUGAUAGCCAUCAUCGGUCCUGUCGGUUCAGGGAAAUCCUCGCUCAUGGAAGCCAUCCUCGGAAGCAUGAAGAAGAUUACGGGACAUGUCCACAAAGACAAAGCUUCUACGAUGGCGUACGUGCCGCAACGAGCUUGGAUUCUCAACGAUUCCAUACGGAACAACAUCGUCUUCACAUCGGACCCCGACGAAAGUUGGUACCGGGAAGUAGUCGACAGAUGCUGCCUGCUCCCGGAUUUCCAAAUGCUCGAGCACAACGACGACACCGAGAUAGGCGAGAAGGGGAUCAAUCUGUCGGGUGGACAGAAACAACGCGUCAGCUUGGCGCGCGCAGUCUUCCAGAAAGCUCAACUGUAUCUACUGGAUGAUCCUCUCAGCUCUGUCGACUCCCACGUGCUCCAAGACCUCUUCAAUGACGUCAUCGGCCCCCAGGGCUUGCUGAAGGACACCACCCGUAUUCUAGUGACCCAUUCGCAAGCGGUCCUCCCUCUUUGCGACAGGAUCGUACUGCUGAAGGAGGGGAAGAUCGACUUCGUCGGAACGUAUAACGACCUCAUCAAGGAGGAUGUUUCGAUGAAAACGAUACUCGGAGAGUCGGAAGGAGAAAAUGACACGAGGACUGCGGAUGAACCCGAGGAGGAACAAAAGAUCAUUCUGAACUCCCAUGGAUCGAAAGUUCCACAGAAUGAAGAAGAGAUGUCGGUCGGUGCAGUGAGCUGGCGCGUCUAUCUGAUGAUGGUGAAAAAAUUCGGUCUCUUCUAUGCGGGGAUCUGUCUCCUCGGAUACGGCCUCCACGAAAUCGGAAUGGUCUGGAGCAUGUUCUGGUUGAAGACCUGGAGCACCGACGCGAAACAUCAAGACGACGAUCUAAUGACGGCGCUUAACGACACCAUGCACGCUACCCAAGACGACCUCAGAGAGAACUCCUCUCUGAUCGAGAGAAUCGGACAAGACUUCGUCAAAGUUUCGGCGGAUUUCUCGGCUGAAUCCGUGACACCGAUAGACAGAAUAAACAUGUUCGUUUUCAUCGGGAGCAUCCAGAUGACAGGACUAGUUGUCGGUUGCUUGUGUCUGGCGAUCGGGAUUCUGAAAACAUCGACGAGUCUACAUCAAUCGGUUCUCGACGCCAUAAUGAGAGCUCCGCUGCAGUUUUUCGACAAGACUCCGUCGGGCCGGAACAUCAAUCGAAUGAGCAAAGACGUGGACGCUCUAGAUCAGGAGUUCUUCCUGAAUUUAGACGGGUGGCUGUGCUGUGUCCUGUCCAUUUUCAGCGUGCUGGUGGUUAUCGCCUACGAAGUCCCUCUUCUGCUCUCGGUCAUUGUUCCGUGCGCGUGCCUCUUCGUGCUCCUCUUGACAAUCUAUCAGCGGAACGCGAGGCAACUCCAACGGCUGGCAUCGGUGACACGAUCGCCAGUUCUCAGCCAUUUCUCUGAGACAGUCUCAGGUUCGGCGAGCAUCAGAGCCUUCCAUGCAGAGCAGAAGGUCACGAAAAAGUUCCUGGAUCGUUUGGACACAAGCCAAAACUUCAUUCUGCAUACGAGGGCCUCUGGCGCAUGGAUCGCUCUUCGAACUCAGCUUCUCAGCAGCCUCAUCGUUUUCUCGUUGAGUCUGAUCAUCAUUUUUCAUCGCGAGCAAUUCAAUGAAGGUCUCGCAGGACUCCUCCUGAGUUUGAGCCUGAUGGCCAUUGACAGACUGAAUUGGGUUUUCCGUCUGUCGUCGUGGGUCGAGAAUACGCUCGUUUCGGCAGAGAGACUCGAUCAGUACUCGAAGAUCCCCAGCGAGAAACCUUGGAUCAUUGAGAACACCGUCGAUCCCCUUUGGCCGUUGAGCGGCUCCGUGAGAUUCCGAGACUAUUCGACAUCGUACGGACCGGGUGAAAAUCCGGUACUGAGCCGGAUCAACGUCGAGAUCGAAGCGGGAGAGAAAGUCGGUGUCGUCGGGCGGACAGGAGCGGGAAAAACCUCGUUAACCUUGGCCCUGUUCCGAGCAAUUGAAGCUACGAGCGGGACCAUCUUCGUCGAUGGUCUUGAUGUUUCCGGCAUAGGAUUGCACGAUCUUCGGAAACGACUCACCAUCAUUCCUCAAGACCCCGUCCUCUUCCGCGGAACCUUGAGGGAAAACCUCGACCCUCACGGAAUUUAUUCCGAUGAGGAGAUCUGGUCCGCGAUCGAGAGAGCUCACCUCAAGAAAUCGCAGUUCAGUCUCAAGAUGACUAUCGCUGAUGGUGGAGAGAACAUUUCCGUCGGCGAACGUCAGCUCGUGUCGCUGGCGAGAGCUCUUCUCCGAAGUUCGAAGAUAAUCGUUCUCGACGAGGCCACUGCCGCAGUAGACCACGAAACCGACAAACUGGUUCAAGAAACUAUCCGGAGAGAUUUCCAGUUCUCCACUGUGAUCACCGUUGCUCACCGACUUGAAACAGUUCUCAAUUACGAUAAGAUCGUUGUUCUCUCGGGUGGUGAGAUCGUGGAGCAAGGCUCACCGAAGGAGUUGCUCGGCUCUAGGAACUCCGUCUUCUAUUCUAUGGCGAAGGACGCGGGCAUCGUCUGA